AUGGAGCCCCCGGACGCUUUGGCUGGGGCGCGCGGGGCCUCGCGGCUGCUGCUGUUGACGCUCCUACUUGGGGCGCGCCCAGGUGCUGAGGCUGAAGUGCACGUCUCGGUGCCCCCGCUGGUGGAGGUGAUGCGCGGCGAGCCUGUCACCCUGGACUGCACCCCCACAGGAGCCCACGACCACUACGUGCUGGAAUGGUUUCUGAUGGACCGCUCUGGGGCCCGCCACCUCCUGGCCUCGGCGGAGCUGCAGGGCUCGGAGCUACAGGGCACAGUGCACGAUGGCAGGGCCCGCAGCCCUCCAUACCAGCUGGACUCCCAGGGGCGCCUGGUGCUGGCUGAGGCCCAGAUAGGCGACGAGCGGGACUACGUGUGUGUGGUGAAGGCUGGGGCAGCGGGCACUGCUGAGGCCACCGCACGGCUGCGCGUCUUCGCCAAACCAGAGCCCACUGAGGUUGAGCCCAACAAAGGCACACUGUCUGUGAUGGAAGACUCGGCCCAGAAGAUUGCCACCUGCCUCAGCCAGAACGGGAACCCAGCCCCCCAGAUCACGUGGUAUCGGAACGGGCAGCGUCUGGAGGUGCCCAUGGAGGUGAACUCGGAUGGCUACAUGGUCAGCCGCACCACCCGUGAGGCCUCGGGGCUGCAGUCCCUCACCAGCAUCCUGUACCUCCGGCUCCACAAGGCCGACCGGGACGCCAGCUUCCACUGUGCUGCCCACUACAGCCAGCCCAGAGGCCGCCACGGCCGCCUGGACAGCCCGACCUUCCUCCUCACCCUGCACUAUCUGGACCCCCUGGAGCUCAGCGUGGGAGAGGAGCUAUCCCUGCCACUGGGAGGCAGCGUGGGCGUGAACUGCUCCGUGCAAGGCCGGCCCACCCCUGCUCUGCGCUGGACCAAGAACUCGGCGCCCCUGGGGGACGGCCCCACGCUCUCGCUCAGCUCCGUCACCUUCGACUCUGCGGGCACCUAUGUCUGUGAGGCCUCCAUGUCCACAGUGCCCCUGCUGAGCCACACAGGAAGCUUCAAGCUGCUGGUCCAAGGGUCACCAGAGCUGAGAGCCGAGGAGACCCAGCCCAAGGCUGAGGGCAGCUGGCAGGAAGGAGAUGAAGUCAAGCUGACCUGCUCUGCCCGCGGCUACCCAGAGCCCAGACUCAGCUGGAGCCGGCUGGGUGGCAGCCCAGCAGAGCCGGUCCCUGGAGGGCAGGGCUGGGUGAGCAGCUCCCUGACCCUGAAGGUGACCAGUGCCCUGAGCGUUGAGGGCGUCUUCUGUGAGGCCUCCAACCCCCACGGAAACACUCAGCAUGUCUUCCACUUUGGUGCAGUGGCCCCGCAGACCGCCCAGGCUGGAGUGGCCGUCAUGGCCGUGGCCGUCAGCGUGGGCCUCCUGCUCCUGGUUGUUGGUGCCUUCUACUGCAUGAGACGCAAGGGGCGCCCCGGCUGCUGCCGGCGGAGGGAGAAGGAGGCGCCGCCACCCGGGGAUCCGGAGCUGAGCCACUCGGGCUCCGAGCGGCCAGAGCAGACAGGCCUUCUCACGGGAGGUGCCUCUGGAGGAGCCAGGGGUGGCAGUGGGAGCUUUGGAGAUGAGGUGGGUGAGGGCCUGGGCACCCCGAGGAGAAGGAGCCCGCUGGGCAGUGAUGUGGCCUUGGUGGGCACUAGCUGA